GUUAAAAAGACUCUGACCCCUGCUGUAAGCUCGCCAUCUCCAGCAACGACAGCAACGACUUUGGUGGUACUCUUUCUCUUGGUUAUUAAAACACCUAAGCGUUGUCCCAACCUACCACUCACUCGUUCUUGUUCUCAUUAUUUCUUGUUUCUCUUUUUUAACACCUUCCGAGGAGUUGUGUUUAUUAGUACGUGCAGAAGAAAGGUUGUUGUAUGAGUCAAAAAAUAGAAAAGCCAGUGCUAUCAGGUCAACGCAUAAAGACCCGAAAAAGAGAUGAAAAAGAGAAGUACGAUCCGACCGGAUUUAGGGACGCAGUACUCUUGGGUUUGGAGAAGGCCGACAAUGACUUAGACGCAGUAUCCAAAUAUCUUGAUACCGCAGGCUCAAAAUUAGAUUACCGUCGUUAUGGGGAAGCAUUAUUUGACAUUCUUAUCGCCGGUGGAUUGCUCGUACCCGGGGGAUCUGUUGCCCAAGAUGGUGACAAACUCGUCAAGACGAAAGCCUGCGUGUUCGAGCAACCGAUGGAUAUGGAGUCGCUCAAAAAUUACGAGCAGGUCUUCAUAAAAUUGAUGCGCCGGUACAAGUACUUGGAGAAGAUGUUCGAGGAAGAGAUGAAGAAGGUCUUGGUCUUCAUAAAAGGAUUCUCUGUUCAAGAACGUAUUAAACUUGCGCGCAUGACUGCUCUCUGGAUAUCAAAUGGUGCCGUUCCACCGACAGUUCUCUCUGUCUUGAUAAACGAACAUCUCGUUAAAGAUAAUCUAGCCCUUGAUUUUCUUCUUGAAGUAUUUGUGACCUGGAAAAAUGAAAAAGGUCUGCCGAGUCUCAUGACGGCCCUUAAACGCGGGGGAAUCGAAGGCCGACUUAUGGAAUUCGUCCCGCCAAAUAAAAGAACUGAGGAAUAUUUCCGAUCGGUAUUUGAAUCCGUUGGAUUGGCUGAUAUCGUUAAGUUACACAAAAAUCAAGCGAGCCAGGAAGCGAAACGUGACCUUCAGCAGCUGCUUAUUGAUGACCUUGCUGACAAUCGACCUAUCAAGGACAUUGUCCUUGACCUUAAGGAAAUGGCUUUGAAAUGCGCGAUCCCCGAGCAUGAAGUCAUUGGAUUGAUUUGGUCAACAGUAAUGGGCCUUGCUGAGUGGAAUAAAAAAGAAGAACUCGUUGCCGAACAAGCAUUAAAACAUUUAAAAAUUUAUACUCCAUUGUUUGGCGCAUUUACAACCACUGCCAAAUCAGAACUCGCUUUAAUUCUAAAAGUCCAAGAGUUCUGUUAUGAAAAUAUGAAUUUUAUGAAAGUCUUCCAGAAAAUCGUCUUAUUAUUUUACAAAAAGGACGUAAUUUCUGAGGAAGUUAUUUUAAAAUGGUACAAGGAGGGACAUUCGCUCAAAGGUAAAAUUCUUUUCCUGGAUCAAAUGAAAAAAUUUAUUGAGUGGUUACAAAAUGCUGAGGAAGAAUCUGAAUCAGGUGAAGAAGAUGAUUAAAUUUAAUUUAAUAAAAAACCAACAACAGUAACAAUAAUCAUUUUUUUUUUUUUGACUAAAAAUAUGAUAAAAUAUUAAUUAACAUUCUACUCAUCUAAAAAAAAAAUUUCAAAAAAAAAUUUCAAAAAUUUACAAAAACUUUUUUUUUUUUCCGAAAUCAAUGGGAUACAAAAAUUAAUAACAAUAAUUGAAAUUAUAAGUCUGUCUUAAUUUUUUAUGGAUAAUUUUUUUUCGGCUCAUGGAUUUAAAAAUUUGAAUUUUUUAAUUUUUCGCGGCAUUUUAAAUUUCAAUUACACAGUAAAAAUUUAUCGAUUUUUUUUAUUAAAUCAAUAAUUAAUUUUUUAAAUUCCACCGAAAAAUUUUUCCCUCGUUUCCAAAAAAAUUAAUUUUUCUCCAAGCGCGAGAAUUUUUUUUUUUUUUUUUCAAGCGCGGGAAAUUUUUUUUAAACAUAAAAUCAAAAAAUUAUUUUUCAAGUGAACAAAAAAAUUUCUAGAUCUAAUUAAUUAAAAAAAAAAAAAAAUAAUAACUAAAUUUCCAUGAGCGGGAAAUUUAAAAAAUUAUCCAUUUAAUAAAUUAAUUAAUGAAACUUUAAAUCAACUGAUGUAUGUAUGGGUGACGGGUGAAUUAAAUAAUUGCGCGUAUGAAAAAAAAACCAACAAAACAAUUAAAAUUUAAUAAAAUAUACAAAUCAAUAAACAAUUAAAAGCCAAUUUAAAUUAGACCGAGUACACUGGAGUAAUAAAAGAAAAAAAAAUUGAACGUAAUUAAAAAAAAAACCACCACAUUUUUUUUUUUUAAAUUAAUUUUUUUUUUAUUACAAAUAUCUUUUUGACAUUUUUUUUGUUAAAUAUUUUACACUAAAUUAAUUAGCCCAUUUUUUUUUUCUAUAAAUUUACAAACUUUUAUUUCUUAUUUUACAUAAUUUUAUGAAUAAAUUUUUGAGAUAUUUGUAAUUUCAAAAAAAUUAAUUAAUUAAAAAAAAAAAAUAGUCUGGUUUAUAACUGUAAAUUUUCCAAUCGAUUGUGCGAAUUAAUUUAAGAGAAAAAAAAACAUAUUUUGUUCUACAAUUUUUUAUCUCCAAGUAGAUGAAUUAUCUAAUGAACAGUAUAGUAAUUAAUAAUAAUAAUAAUAAUGAUUAUGAUGAUGAUGAUUGAACAAUUAUUUGUUAAAUAGAAAGUAAUUGUAUACAAAAAAAAAAUUUAUUCUCCUGUGUACGUAUGACUUUCGGACCCCCCAUCUUAUUUUGUACGAUAAUUAAAUUUAAAAGUGUAAACAAUUGUA